UUCCCUCAGCUUCUUGCAAUUAGCAACAAGCUCUAGUAGAACUGAAGGUCAUGAAAACUGCUGCUUGCGCACGGCGCUAAGUGUAAACGACCCUAGACAAACUUGUUCUACUUACCAUCACCUUGUGAUCACGGUUUGCUCGGUGAAUUCUGGGAUGUCGUCGUUGGCCAAUGACUUCAACUUUUUUCUUCUUCAUCGUUUAAUUCGUUAUGUUACCGGCUUAGCCGCCGUUUCUUUCUUCUCUGAAAUUCGAGUAGUCGGGGGAGAGAAUGUGCCACAGACCGGUCCUAUUAUAAUCACGGCUACCCACCACAACAUGAUGUUAGACCCAGUAAUAUUGUCGUCAACGUUUCCGAAUCAGAGAAUAUUGCAUUACUGGAGUAAAGCUUCCUUGUUCGCCAAUCCUGUCAUUCGUCAAAUCCUCUUAUCCACCGGUAACAUCCCAGUUGACCGCAAGUCCAACGACCGUCGAGUGCUCUUUCGAGGCACCUUCGAAGCCCUUUCUAAGGGCUAUGCUGUCGCUUUAUUCCCUGAGGGUACCAGUUAUACUGAACCGAGGAUUAUGCAAAUCAAAGACGGGGCUGCAUGGGCUGCGCUCGAGUACACGAAAUACGCAAAGGAGCAUCCCGGAACUCAAGAAGUGAAAGUCGUUCCGGUAGCCAUUGUGUAUACUAACAAGUCCAAGUACCGGAGUAGUGUCAUCAUAGAAUUUGGUCAACCAAUUUCCAUUGACCCAUACAAGGAACAGUUCUUCUCGGAUACCGAAGGUGCCUCGCGAGCGGCAGCUAAACGACUCAGUCAUGACAUAGAGACAGAGCUGACAAAACAUACUGUUAACGCUCCUGAUUGGGAUACUUUGUACGCAGCGCGCAUGGCUCGCGAUAUUUUGUGGCAGAAAGACAGUUCCAUCAAUCUGGACGAUUUUGUCGCGAUUUCUCAAACGCUCGUCGAUCUGUUUUCCACCGUUGAUGUGACUCCAAAAUUCAACUCUACACGACUUCGGUUGCUGGAAUACUAUUCGCUUUUGCAAACCACAAAUUUGACCAACUCUAUCCUUUCUACGUUACCUCUACCUCGAGAUCUCGAUCCCCAUAAACCUGUUGCCCUCCCUAGUCGUCUUCUCACCCUCCUGCUCUUCGUCCGUGACACGUGUAGUUCUCUUGUCCACCUGCCGUUCUUCCUCUUUCCCCUCGUUGUUCAUAUGCCUGUUUACAUCAUGGGUCGUUUUGGCGCACAUCUGGUUGAAGACGAGGAAGAAACGCAAGCCCAGAACAAAGUUGCCUUUGGGUUAUUUUCUCUGUUCCUUAUCUACCCAGCUGCAUUUUUCUUCCUAUGGGCUCUAUUCUGGUACACACCUGUUGGUGCUAUCAUUGCUGCUUCGACGGUUUAUAUGUUUGCCAUCUACCAUAAUCGGACUAUCACUGGUAAUUAUGAAGCCGCAAGGCGGUUUAUUACGGCUUGGCGUAUACUCAUUGGCGUCUGGGCGCCGAAGAAAUGGGAUCUGUCCGUCACUGCCCUUUCUCUGUAUACAACUCCGAAAACCCCAAAGGAGAAUCCAUGGGUUGAAAAACCUAAAACUAACCCAAUAUCAACACCCUCGAUUUCAACCGAUGACAACUCCAACGUCAAUGUUAGUUCUUCUGAGGCCUGUACACCUUCGGGAACCUCAUUGAAUUCCAUGCAUCACAUUUCAUCUGUUCUUCCUCCCGACCCAACUCUGAUUCUUCCGAGAGAGCAAGAACCUCCACCCACGGUGAAAGCGUAUUCACACCCGCACUCUCGCCGUCGUCCACCUACGCGCCGAAUUAUGCGACAUGUCCUCCGUGCGCGUAUCGAGGCUGUUAAAGCGCUUGCUGUUUUCUUCGAUCAACUCGAACAUACUGGUGAACGCAAAAGAUUAAAGGUUCGCGCAAGCAGCCAUCUUGCCGAGACUUAUGGAGGUCUAGACGGACGUUUCCAUGUAUUUGACCCGUCGUUGCCGGUGGUGGGGUCGAAGGUCCAAACUGACGUUCAAGGAUGGCGGUAUGCGACCGAGGUGGUUACUUUCCUUCGGAAAAGAGGUGCAAAAAUUCCGUCGGUUAACGGGGGAGGUGUGAAAGAGGACAUGGAAGAUUGGGCAUUGACAAGUGAUGCAGAAGGAGAAUCAGUUACAUCUUUGGAUGACAGCCCAUGAGAGGCUAGAGAUACCCAUGGAAUAGUUUUGAUUCCGUGGCUCUGAACUGUCUGUGAUCUGCGUAAAUCUACUCCAUACUGUAGU